ACAUCAUGCCACGUAGGUUUUUCAGAGAGUUGCAGUCAAGAUGAGGCUACUUGUCGCGUUUCUCUUCUCAGCGUUGAGCUGCGGUUUCGCUGGAGGACAGCUUUUGUCCAAAUGUGACCUAAUGAAGGCGUUUCAGGACCUGACGGAGGACGUAAAGCAGCAAGGACUGACUAUGGACUUAGUGGCUAAGAUUGUGUGUCACGCGGAGCUUGCGUCAGGUUUUAACACCAGCGCGGUGACUGAGUUGACUCCCAGGGGCGGACAUCACAGUAGGGGGAAGAGGCAAGCAGUGUUUGGGGACCUCACAACACCCACUGGCCAGCGGCCUCCUCCAACAGCCACCAAGCCCCCAACGGCCACCAAGCCCCCAACGGCCACCAAGCCCCCAACGGCCACCAAGCCCCCAACGGCCACCAAGCCUCCAACGGCCACCAAGCCCCCAACGGCCACCAAGCCUCCAACGGCCACCAAGCCUCCAACGGCCACCAAGCCUCCACCGGCCACCAAGCCUCCACCAGCCACUGAACAUCCACAAGUGGUAAGCAAGGACCUUACAACAAACCCCAGUCAUCACGGUAGGGUGAAGAGGCAUGCAGGCAUGUUCGAACUGGCAGAGUUUGGGGACCUUACAACACCCCCUGGCCAUGGGCAUCCUCCAACAGCAACCAAGCCUCCACCAGCCACCAAACCUCCACCAGCCACCAAGCCUCCAAGCGCAACCAAACCUCCACCAGCCACUGAACAUCCACCGGCCACUGAACAUCUACUGGCCACUGAACAUCCACCGGCCACAAGGCUUCCACAAGUGGUAAGCAAGGACCUUACAACACGCUCCAGCCGGGUGCGACGGUUCGCCCGCCCUCCACUGCCUACCAGACCUUCACACGUGGAAAGCAACGAGAUAGAGGACGAGUCAGUCUGGACCCUCUACGGUCUUUUCCAGCUCAGCAAUCACCUGGUCUGCAGCGACGGCACGACUCCGUCACCAAACAUCUGUGAGACGGACUGCAACAACUUUGUUGAUGGAGACGUACACAACGACAUCAGCUGCGUGUUGAAUGUCAUCAGCCAACUUAUUGAAAAUGGUUUCGGGGCGGCCAACCGUGACGAGUUAAUAAGAAUGAUCAGGCUCAUCUUCCAGCCGGAGUGCAGCAAUAAGAACGCCUCCGACUACUUUGCUGAAUGCAUGUAGUGCCAUAACUAUCACUGGAAAUAUUAACCUAUAUGAGUGCUGAUUGGCCAUCUAUCUUAAGUGCCGAUUUAUGACAUAAAUAAAGUCAAACAUGUUGCA